AUGCCGAGAUACGCCAAAUUCAUGAAAGAGCUGGUUACAAAGAAAAGGAACUUGGUGUAUGAAACGAUCGAGGUACCCCAAAGUUGCAGCGCAAUUAUGAAAAAUGAGUCAAUCACCAAGAGAGAAGAUCCUGGGGCAUUCACAAUCCCGUGCACAAUUGGCAUGCUUCAAUUCGCUAAAGCUUUGUGCGAUUUUGGAAUCGAUGCUGAAAUCACCAUUAUUUUGGGAAGACCAUUCUUAGCUACCGGGAGAGCAUUGGUGGAUGUCAAAAGCGGGAAAUUGAAGUUUCGUGUGAACGAUGAUGAGGUGACCUUCAAUAUCUAUAAAUCCAUGAAGCAACAAAGUAAUAUCCAUGUAGUUUCCGUUGAGGAUGUUAUAGCUGAGGCAGUGGCAAGUGUGAGCCAUUUAAUGUGCAAAAAUGAACCCCUUGAAUCUGUACUUGCCAGUUAUGAUGAAUCCAAAGUUCAAGGAUAUGAGGAAGUGGUGGCUGCCUUAUCAGGAUUAGAAGUGUAUUCAAGGAAUCCAAUCAAAUUGGAUAUUGACCUGAAAAACAGAGAAAGUCCUUCUGCACAGCCAUCAACAGAAGAACCUCUAAAUCUAGAGUUAAAAGCCCUACCCUCUCAUCUAAAAUAUUCUUUCUUAGGAGCCAAUAAUACUUUACCAGUGAUUAUCACAGUCGAUUUGGUUGAAAGGCAGGUGAAACCGCUUAUUGAAGUAUUGCAGAAGCAUAUAAAAGCUAUUGGAUGGACAAUAACCGAUAUAGUAGGAAUUACCCCUGGCGUCUGUACUCACAAGAUUCGGCUUGACAGUGAAUGUAAACCUAGUGUGGAGCAUCAACGGAGAUUGAACCCUCCAAUGCAAGAGGUUGUGAAAAAGGAGAUCAUCAAGUGGCUGGAUACGGGAGUGAUAUACCGUAUUGCAGAUAAUGGGUAUUCCGGUUACAAUCAAAUCUCUGUUGCACUGAAAUACCAAGAGAAAACCAUUUUUACCUGCGCUUAUGGAACAAUUGCAUUCAAAAGGAUGCCAUUCGGGUUCUGUAACGCCCCAGCAAUAUUCCAGUGUUGCAUGUUGUCUAUUUUUGCGGAUAUGGUUGAAGACUCUAUGGAGGAAGGUAUCAUUCUUGGGCACAAGGUAUCACAAAAGGGGCUUGAGGUUGACAAGGCGAAAAAUGAGGUCAUUGAAAAAUUACCCCCGCCAGUUUCAGUGAAGGGUGUUCGCAGCUUCUUGGGUCAUGCGGGUUUCUAUUUAAGUCCUGAUUGGUCUGAAUCUUUCGAAGUAAUGUAUGAUGCUAUUGGUAUGGCAUUGGGCGUAGUGUUGGGGAAAAAGCUCAACAAACUAUUUCACCCAAUUUAUUACGCAAGCAAGACUCUGAAUAGUGCCCUGCGAAAUUAUACAGUCACUGAACAAGAGUUGCUCGUAGUGGUCUACGCAUUUGAAAAGUUCCGGGCAUACCUGCUAGGCACCAAAGUAAUAGUACACACUCAUCAUGCUGCAUUCCGCUACUUAAUGGCGAAGAAAAAUGUAAAACCAAGAUUGAUAAGGUGGAUGCUACUAUUACAAGAAUUCGAUUUUGAUGUUAAAGAUAGAAAAGGGUCCAAAAACCAAGUGGCCAACCACUUGUCAAGGUUGGAAGGAAGGGAAGAUGCCGGGCAUGAGGUCGACAUAGACGACACAUUACCCGACGAAUAG